AUGAUACGUGAGAAUGAUAAUCCAGAAGCCCAGAAUGAUGUCUCAAAGCAAUGGACGAUGGUGCACAGUUUCUACGCUGGCAUGGGCGGCUUUGUCUUUGAGCUCCCCGACCGGACCCUCGAAAAAGCAGCCCCCUUCAUCCAAAGCCACAGGCGCCUGCACAUAACGCCGCGCGGAGUGCAACUUCUCGCCAAGUGCGGGCUGCUUCCCCGCAUCACCACAGGCGACAUAAUGGACAAGAGCAAGACGGACGGCUCCGGCAAGGUCAUUUGUUGUGCGCAGGUGCUGUGGAUGGUCAUCCAAGCCAUCACUCGUGUGGCUGUCGGCUUACCCGUGACGCCGCUGGAGACAAACACCAUUGGUCAUGUUGUCUGCGCUCUCAUCAACUACAUCCUCUGGUGGAAUAAGCCUCGGUGGAUCAAGGAGCCGACUGUGCUUCGCGGCGAGUGGACGCACCCUAUGUGCGCCUUCAUGUACAUGUCGAGCCAAGUGAGCGCCGAGCACAGAGUCGAUCGCGACCUCCUGCGCGACUUUGGCGUAAAGGCAGAGAUGGCGUCUGUCCUUUACCUUCCCGGUGACGACAAAAAACCUGCAAAUGGCCAGGUGAAAUCCCAAGAGGCUAGCAAUUCCAUGUCUCGCAACAGUUCUGUUUCGCAAUCGACAUGUACUGCAGUGCAGACUCGUUUGGAUUCCGGACCGUCAUUUGACUCGCAGAUGAAGAGAGGCCACAUGGUGCCACGAAGCAAUUUCAACCAUGGCAGCGAACAACACAACGUGAUGAAAGAAGCUGCCGCCAAAGUCGCCGAAGAAGUCAGACAGCGACGGUGGUAUCUGGCCUGCAAAGCACUCCAAAACCAUCAAGCGCUCAGGGAGCGACUUGAGCCCAAGGAGCUCAACGAAGACGACUUGAGAUACCGGGACGCUUUGCGCCUGUAUCCUGAGAUGCCUGAUCGAGUCAAGCAGCAGUUCGAGCGCCGCUGCGACGAAGAGUCCUCGGCCGCUGGCGCUUGGCCGUGCGAGGCUAUGGUGUGCAGAUUAGAGGAACUCGUCGUCGAGCGGCCGCGGAAUUGGCCCGGCGACGACCUCGUCCGUGACAUGCAGGGACACAUGAUGGGCAUGGUGCUGUGGAACGCAAGCACCAUCUAUGGCGCCAUCCAUUUGGCCGGCUGGAACGAAAUCUUCCCUACAGCCAUCGAGUCGUGGUUCUGGAAGGCGUCAGCGGCGUACAUCAUAUUUAGCGGCGUGCUCUGGUCGCUGCUCAACCUGCUGGGUCACAUGUCGGGCAAGAUCUGGUGGUACUGGUACGAGAUCCUGGCGGGCGGCAAGAGGCGACGCAGCCAUGUAUUAAUCUACGUGCUUUGCGCUAUUGGGGGCACAUUGUACGUGGUCGCGCGCACGUAUCUGGUCGUUGAGGCUUUUGUGUCGGUGCGCGCGUUGCCAGCUGCAGCCUACCAGUCACCGUCGUGGGUGUUGACUGUUCCGCAUGUAUGA